UCACCCAGGACAGUUGCGAAUCCAUGGGCUUUGGAUUCAGGGCCUCGCCGAGCAAAGCAUCCGACGCCGUCGACGUCGCCGGAGGGCGCGCGGAUGCCAUCUCCGCCGCCUCUCCUCUCCUCACCAUGCCGCCGCAGCACAUCCUCCUGAUUAUCGUCUGCUGCUCUCUUCCGUGAGCAGGCGCGCCUCUCUCGCUGUCUCCAUCCCAGCAGCCUGCCAGCCUGGAGGCCGAGGAAGCGAGGGCCCGUACCGUCGGCGAUGAGCUAGUGGGGAAGACGAUGCCGCUGUGCCACGGCCGGAGCCUCUGCAGGCUCGCCGGGCUGCGGCCGCCCGCGUGGUACGAAGUCAAGAUCUCCUACCCGGCCUCCAUACCCCGUCCAGCUUUUCAGUUCGGCUGGUGAAUGAUCCUUAUGCUAGUGUUCAGCAAAUUGUUAGCUGGAUGCAGAACAGGAGUGACGCCCCUUGAUGGGAUGAUUUAUAAUGUAUUUUCCUGAUUGAAUAUAGGUUUAUGUUCUUCUCAUGGUGGAGCCUGAAAGUGUGGUUGCGAAGCCGAAUAUGCCGGAGAGAGAGAUUGCCCUUUUCAAUAUUGUGGCUGUAUUUUUACAGAAUGGAGAGGUCGAGAGCUCUACCAUUGAGCUAGACGACUCCUUUGAUGAUACCAGCAUGUGUUUUGUGCGACGUAUCCAGGAGUCUGAGGUUAAGGAGGCGUUAAGGAGGAUGAAAGGAGGCAAGGCGAUGGGUCUUGAUGGUAUCCCCAUCGAGGCGUGGAGAGGCCUUGGAGACGUAGCGAUAGUAUGGCUAACUAAGCUUUUCAACCUCAUUUUUCGGUCAAACAAGAUGCCCGAAGAAUGGAGGCGGAGUAUUUUAGUACCAAUCUUCAAGAACAAGGGGAUGUUCAAAGUUGUACUAAUUACCGUGGAAUCAAGCUGAUGAGCCAUACUAUGAAGCUAUGAGAGAGAGUCAUUGAGCACCGCUUAAGAAGGUUGACAAGCGUGACCAAAAACCAAUUUGGUUUCAUGCCUGGGAGGUCUACCAUGGAAGCCAUCUUCUUGGUACGACAGCUGAUGGAGAGAUACAGGGAGCAAAAGAAGGACCUUCAUAUGGUGUUCAUUGAUUUGGAGAAGGCCUAUGAUAAGAUACCUCGGAAUGUCAUGUGGUGGGCCUUGGAGAAACAUAAAGUCCCAAUAAAGUACAUUACCCUCAUCCAGGACAUGUAUGAUAAUGUUGUGACAAGUGUUCGAACAAGUGAUGGCGACACUGAUGACUUUCCAAUUAGAAUAGAGCUACACCAAGGGUCAGCUUUGAGCCCUUAUCUUUUUGAUUUGGUGAUGGAUGAGGUCACAAGGGAUAUACAAGGAGAUAUCCCAUGGUGUAUGCUCUUUGCGGAUGAUGUGGUGCUAGUCGAUGAUAGCCGAGCGGGGGUUAAUAGAAAGUUAGAGUUGUGGAGGCGAACUCUAGAAUCGAAAGGUUUUAGGCUUAGUAGAACUAAAACUGAAUACAUGAGGUGCAGUUUCAGUUCUACUAGGCACGAGGAGGGAGAGGUUAGCCUUGAUGGGCAGGUGGUACCGGAGAGAGACACUUUUCGAUAUUUGGGGUCCAUGUUGCAGAAGGAUGGCGAUAUCGAUGAAGAUGUGGGCCACCGAAUCAAGGCUGGUUGGAUGAAGUGGCGCCAAGCUUCUGGCGUACUCUGUGACAAGAGAGUGCCACAAAAGCUAAAAGGCAGGUUUUAUAGGACAACUAUCCGACCUGCGAUGUUAUAUGGCGCGGAGUGUUGGCCAACGAAGAGACGACAUAUCCAACAGUUAAGUGUAGCAGAGAUGCGCAUGUUGAGAUGGAUAUGUGGCCACACAAGAAAGGAUCGGGUACGGAAUGACGAUAUACGGGAGAGAGUUGGGGUAGCACCGAUUGAAGAGGAGUUGGUGCAACAUCGUCUCAGAUGGUUUGGACAUAUCCAACGGAGGCCUUCGGAAGCGCCAGUGCAUAGCGGACGGAUAAAACGUGCUGAGAAUGUUAAGAGGGGUCGUGGUAGACCAAACUUGACAUGGGAGGAGUCCGUUAAGAGAGACCUGAAGGUUUGGAAUAUCGACAAAGAUUUAGCCAUGGACAGGGGUACGUGGAAGUUAGCUAUCCACGUUCCGGAACCAUGAAUUGACUUCGAGAUCUUAUGGGUUUCAACUCUAGCCUACCCCAACUUGUUUGGGACUGAAAGGCUUGGUUGUUGUUGUUGUUUGUUGUUGCCUGUGGAUACUAGAUAAUUUUGGUGUCAUUUUCACACAUGCAUUUCUGUGUCUGUGUCUCUUCAUACAUACAAUUGUCGUCACUUCUGUGGGUAGUUUGUUUCUUAACAGUAGAGCAUUUGGAUCUAUAUGCUAGAGAGCUGCUUUCUAUGUUGGAGCACCAGUGAGAUAUCAUACUCAUUAUAUCUGAGAGCCGCCAAUGUUUUUCUUUCCACAUACAGUUCCUCUACUCUUUGCUCCCGUUCGUCCACUGUUAAUUGUAAUCCAGGCUAAAGGCUUUAUCUUCUUAAUGCCUUGUUUUAUUAGUGUUAUCAUAUGUUCCCCCAUGUUUGAGUUAUUCUUACUGUGAUGUAUAUCUCUCUGUCAGGUGCUUAGACUGGUGUCCCAGUGCUGGAAUGCUUUUAUUGAUCAUUUAGCUUACAAGGUGCAAAUACAUAACUCACUUGUAAGGGCAAAUAACCUUGAAAAAUAUAAAUAGUUUCACCGGUAGCUCAAUUCAGGACACUAAGUUAGGUUUCGCACGUGACAAGGUUAGUCAUAGCGAAAAAUGGCUUUUCCUAAGUGCUAAUGUAUGUCUCUUUUUGUUAAAGAGAACAUUGGAAGAUCUUCAUCAGAAGGAUUUAUUCCCUUGCAACCCAAAGUCUCUCCUUAAAAGGUCCGUUCCCGUGAUGUACUACUUUCUGUGUGAUGUACUACUUUCUGUGGUUCAGUAUUUGGUAAUCAUAUACUGUAACUUUCCUUGCUAGUUACAUUGUGUAUAUAUUGGAUUAUUGGCUCACGGAUUACAUUGUGUUUAUGAUAUGAUCUGAAACUUGAAUUGGUUGAAUCUUACAGAUAAGGAAACUUGAGGCGUCAGUUGCACCGAAAUUGGAGUGCUGUAGAUAUUUUCCAGUUACCUUCUUAACUUGGCAUAAUUGGUACUGGUUUGGUGGUAAUUACCGUUCGUUCACUUUAUCUUCAUACGGUGCUUUUCUCUGUACGUUGGUUCGAUGAAGAACAGAGAAAAAUUGACUAAAAUAAAUAUAACAUAAAGAAUGUCGUAAUUAAAUACCAAACAAAUAAACUCUGUUUAGUAGCAAGGCCCCAACACUUUCCAAGUUUACCUUUGACAAAUAAUGUCAUACAGGAAGCCUUUUCAUCUUUUAAAAAAAGUAGCUCUAGCACAUCCUGCAUUGGAUAACGAGUAGACAGAGGUGAAAAUUAAGUUAGUGCUUAAACGUGCCAGAGGUGCUAGUAACAUGUGCCUGCCCUUCUCUGAUUACCUCGUAGUGAUGGAUGGCUAACUGGCCAGCCGUGUGCUAGCUAGGAUUAACAGGCUAUUAGCUAGUUGUAAUUAAUUGUUUGGCUUGUUCUUUUGUUGUGGAUCAUCUCCUCUCCUCGGGAACAAUGGGAACCGGCCAAGAAGACAGUAGCGGCUUCUGCGAGGGCCGUGGGAUCUGGGUCACUAUUUGGUAAGCCAAGCAACCUUUUUCCAUCUAUAGAUAUAGAAGGACUAGUUCCUAUUUCCAAUAAAGUGCAAUUCUCAGCCUCCGGCUUCCCCAAGGAGAUACCCUCUUCCGCCUCCAGAUCUGCAAAUCAUGGUGACACUCUCUCCAGAUCUGCAAGUCAUGGCGACGCUCUCUCCAGAUCUGCCGGACGAACUUGUCCAUGAGAUCCUCUUCCGCCUCCCGCCAGAUGAGCCCGCAUGCCUUUUCCGUCUCUCCGUACUCUCCAAUCCCUGGCGCAGUCUCCUCUCCGAUCCUGAUUUCCACCACAACUACCGCAAGUUCAAUCGGUCGCCUCCUAUGCUCGGCUUCAUCUACAACAGUGAGGUGAGCUCUGUCACUCACUUUGUCCCCACCACAGGGCCCUGCCCCCCAUGCACUUUUGACCCCCAGCCGGCUGACUUCAUCGUGUGCGAUUGCCGCCACGGCCGUGUCCUCCUCGACAACGGUGAGGUGUCCAUGGAGCUUGUGGUCUGGGACCCCAUGACGGGCCGCCGAAAAGACCUGAGCAACCCCUGCAGGUCCUUGUUCUAUCUCGGGACCGCAGUGCUAUGUGCUGUGUACGGCUGCGACCAUGCCACUUGCCACGACGGCCCUUUCCAUGUUGUUUUUGUCAGUAUUGAUGCAGAGGCGGGGAGCGCAACCGCCUACAAGUACUCGUCGGAGACGGGUGAGUGGAGCACGCCGACGUCUGAGUUUGCCCUCUUCGACGAGCAUGACAUUGUCGUGGAGCCUGACCUCUUCGACGAGCUUGGCCCCGUUGAAGACGGUGCUGCGUUGCACAGUGUGCUUGUUGAAGACUCCCUCCACUUCCUCCUUAUGUCUGGGCCACAAGGCUCUCGAAUUCUCAAGUAUGACGUAGGAAGGCAUUUCCUCUCGGUGAUCGUCCUGCCGGCGGCUGUUCAUUACCGGAGCACCAUUCUCAUGGCAACAGAGGAUGGAAGGCUGGGAGUUGCCCACCUGGACAGGCUUAUCCUUCACCUGUGGUCAAGGGAGGUGGGUCCUGAUGGAGUUGCAGCAUGGGCGGAAUAUAGAGUCAUCGGCCUCAUGCCGUUUCUCCCCAUUGGAGAUCCUGCGAUCAAAGUGGAGUUGAUUGGCUCUGUGGAGGGUGCCAAUAUCAUCUUCGCCACCACAGCUCUUGGCGUCUAUGCUAUUGACCUCAAGUUGCUGCGGUCAAGAAAGUUGUGUGAAGGACAAGCCAUUCGACCGUUCUUCCCCUUCAUGAGCUUCUACUAUCCAGAAUGGCAAACUGGAACAAGUUUUCUGGCACGGGCAUCGGUUGCUGCGCGUCACCGGUGAUGUGUUGGACAGACCCCUGUGGUGUGUCUCACCAAUAAGAUCGAUAAUGUCAUAGAGUCAAUUAAGGGUUUGUGACGUUGUAAUGAACUAUUUCAGUACUAGGUGUUUUGGUGGCACUUUGUUGAUUUCUCAUGCUGUUUGCUUUUGUGAGUAACGUUACUUAAUUAAGUUCCAUAAUUUUGUCAACUGUGUCGGUGCGCGGGUGCGUGCCUGUGAACUUGCUAUAUGCUUUCAGUUAGUUGAUUAGUUGAUGAA